ACAACGUUCUAUUUCAGGUCACCCCCGGCAGAAGCCAUCUCGCUUGGUGGCAGGGAUGGGAAACAGUCGCAUGAAGGGAGCUGUCUCAUGGAAGAGGAACCUUCAUCAGCUUGACAGGGAGCUGCCGCUUUCCUUUUGUUAGACACCUCUCUUGCAGGCUAGAUUCUGGAUGUUACAUAUUUUUUUAAGAACCCUCUGUAAUGUCUUGAGGAAACGUUAGAAAAUCUAUCUUUCUCUGGAGUGAAUCAAACCGCACCUGAAAUGUAAACCUUCCCCUUCCCUUCCUUUUUCCCCUUUGCUUCUUGCUGCAUCUUGAGAUUCUUCUGUCCCAUUGCUCUGAAGUUGAGAAAACAGUUUUCUCUCUUCCACUUCUUCCCUCUGUAAGGAAUUUUUUUUCCAUCGGAAAGCACAUUUUAUUUUUCUUGCCUGCUGGCUCUGAUUUAUUUUUGGAGGAAGUUUCCUUACUGCCACCACCUCCCUACCGCUAUUGCUGUGAAACAAAUUAACUUUCAGUCUGCCACAAGGAGGACAGAUGUGUGCAUGUGUCUGUGACUAGUCUUAAGAGGGGGAUGCUGGAUGACUUGAAAUGGCAGUCUAGCCUAAGAAAAAACACCCCCCAAGCCUUUGAUUGUGCAACGGAUUGUCAUAGGAAACUGAAGUGGAAUAACAGCAGUGUGCAACCGCUCCUUGGCAUGGUUCUUGUAUCCUCGGUGUGGGGACUGCCAAAGAUGUUGCAGACAAUUUAUGAAACUGAAUCGUGUUUCUCUUCAGAUGGAGUUUCUGGGCGUGAGCCAUCGUUGGAACUCCUGUCGCGGGCACAAAUCCAUGCCAUACCUGUGGCCGCUGUGGACUUGAAGCCAGUAAUUCCUGUGGUGAUGCAGAGUACUUGCAACAGCAGCAGCAGUAGCAGCCCGGUGGACUUGCGAAUGGAUGCCCGUCCCAGUGUGCCUGCCGUAGACCCAGCUGUCCGGGAACAGCAACUGCAACAGGAACUAAUGGCCCUGAAACAGCAGCAGCAAUUGCAGAAGCAGCUGCUCUUUGCCGAGUUUCAGAAGCAGCAUGAGCAUCUAACAAGACAGCAUGAAGUCCAGUUGCAGAAGCAUCUCAAGCAACAGCAGGAGAUGCUGGCAGCAAAGCGUCAACAAGAAUUGGAGCAGCAACGUAAGCGAGAACAACAGCGGCAGGAAGAGCUGGAGAAGCAGCGUCUGGAGCAGCAGCUACUUAUCUUGCGCAACAAGGAGAAAAGCAAAGAGAGUGCCAUUGCCAGCACCGAAGUGAAGCUGAAACUUCAGGAGUUCCUUCUCAGCAAGUCAAAAGAACCGGCUUCAGCAGGCGGCUUGAACCAUUCCCUCCCUCAGCACUCCAAAUGCUGGGGGGCUCACCAUACCUCAUUGGACCAGAGUUCCCCUCCCCAGACAGGAAGCCCGGGAACACCACCUUCUUGCAAACUACCUUUACUCGGCACUUAUGAUAGUAGAGAUGACUUUCCACUCCGGAAAACUGCCUCGGAACCCAACUUAAAAGUGCGUUCACGGUUAAAACAGAAGGUUGCGGAGCGACGGAGCAGCCCACUGCUGAGGAGGAAAGAUGGGACUGUCAUCAGCACCUUCAAAAAACGUGCAAUCGAAAUCACAGUGUCUUCAAUGUGCAACAGUGCCCCUGGGUCUGGCCCUAGCUCCCCAAACAGCUCCAACAGCGCCAUCACAGAAAAUGGGCUCACAGGCUCAGUGCCUAAUAUCCAUACUGAGAUGCUGCCUCAACAUCGAGCUGUCAAUAUGGAUGGGUCGGCUAACCAACUCAGCUUAUACACUUCCCCAUCUCUGCCCAACAUCUCCUUGGGACUUCAGGCUACCGUCACAGUGACAAAUUCGCACCUCAAUGCCUCACCAAAUCUUUCCACGCAGCAGGAAGCAGAGCGCCAGGCCAUCCAGUCAUUGCGCCAGGGGGGUGCCUUGACAAGCAAGUUCCUGAGCAUGUCGUCCAUCCCCAGUUGCCUUCUGGGGGUUGCCCUUGAGGGGGAAACCAACAACCACGGUCAUGCAUCCUUGCUUCAACAUGUCCUGCUCCUUGAACAGGCUCGGCAGCAGAAUACACUAAUUGCUGUUCCUUUACAUGGCCAAUCCCCUCUGGUGACAGGGGAGCGUAUCCCCUCCAAUCUGCGGACUGUAAACAAGCUGCCUCGGCACCGACCACUAAGUCGCACCCAGUCAUCACCACUGCCCCAAAGCCCUCAAGCACUACAGCAUUUGGUUGUGCAACAACAGCAUCAGCACUUCUUGGAAAAGCAGAAGCAUCAGCAGAUUCAACUAGGAAAGAUCAUCACUAAGACUGGUGAGCUGCCACGACCACCAACCACACACCCUGAAGAGACAGAAGAAGAGCUGACGGAGCAGCAGGAGCCAUUAAGCUUAGGUCUGGGCCAGGGGCCCUUUCUGGUGGAUGGGUCAACAGAGAGUGAAGAAACCCAAGAUGACCCAGAGGAGGAGGAAAAAGUGGAGGAAGAGGAAGAAGAGGAAGAGGAGGAGGUGGUUGAAGAGCAAGGCUGUCUGCAAGUGAAGGACGAAGGUGGGGAGAGCAGGCUGGAAGAAGAACAGGAGGUGGAGGAGCUGGGGGUGACCUAUAGGCAGGUGUUUGCAGAUGCGCAUCAGCUGCGGCCUCUUCAGCUCUACCAGACACCCCUCGGCAUCAGCACUGUGCCCCAUCAAGCCCUCAGCCGCACCCAGUCCUCACCCGCCAGCACUAGCUUGAAAAUCAGUACAGCUGAACCCGUAGCCAGUCACCUUUUCACUACAGGUGUAGUUUAUGACACUUUUAUGCUGAAACAUCAGUGUACAUGUGGAAACACUAAUGUUCACCCAGAGCAUGCUGGAAGGAUCCAGAGUAUCUGGUCCAGACUACAAGAAACAGGGCUGUUAAGCAAGUGUGAGAGAGUUCGAGGCAGGAAAGCAACACUGGAUGAAAUCCAGACAAUCCAUUCAGAACAUCACACAUUACUAUAUGGAACCAGCCCCCUGAACAGGCAAAAGCUUGACAGCAAGAAAUUACUAGGUCCCCUUACUCAGAAGAUGUACGCUGUCCUCCCAUGUGGUGGAAUUGGGGUUGACAGCGACACAGUGUGGAAUGAGAUGCACUCAUCUAGUGCGGUCCGCAUGGCUGUUGGCUGCUUGGUGGAGCUGGCCUUCAAAGUAGCAUCUGGGGAGCUUAAGAAUGGAUUUGCUGUUAUCCGACCACCAGGUCACCAUGCAGAGGAAUCCACAGCCAUGGGCUUCUGCUUCUUCAACUCUGUUGCCAUAGCUGCCAAGCUUCUCCAGCAAAAACUUGCCAUCAGCAAAAUCCUCAUUGUGGACUGGGAUAUCCAUCAUGGCAAUGGAACCCAACAAGCAUUCUACAGUGACCCCAAUGUACUCUAUAUCUCUCUCCAUCGCUAUGACAAUGGCAAUUUUUUCCCUGGCAGUGGAGCUCCUGAAGAGGUCGGCAGUGGGAUGGGUGUAGGUUACAAUGUAAACAUUGCCUGGACUGGCGGAGUGGAUCCCCCCAUUGGUGACGUGGAGUAUCUGACUGCCUUCCGGACUGUGGUGAUGCCAAUAGCCAAUGAAUUCUCCCCAGAUGUGGUCCUCAUUUCUGCUGGCUUCGAUGCUGUGGAGGGGCACCUGUCCCCACUGGGUGGAUAUUCUGUCACAGCCAAAUGUUUUGGGCACCUGACCAAGCAGCUGAUGAAACUGGCAGGUGGACGUGUGGUCCUAGCAUUGGAGGGAGGUCAUGAUCUGACAGCCAUCUGUGAUGCCUCAGAAGCCUGUGUCUCUGCUUUGCUUGGCCUUGAGCUGGAACAACUGGAUCAAGCCUUGUUGCAACAAAAGCCCAAUGCAAAUGCUGUGGCUACAUUGGAGAAUGUCAUUGAAAUCCAGAGCAAGCACUGGAACUCAUUGAAAUGCUCUGCAGCACUUAUUAGCUGUUCCUUGCUGGAGGCACAGAAGGGUGAGGCAGAAGAGGCAGAAACAGUCAGUGCCAUGGCAUCAUUGUCAGUGGACACAGAACAGGGUAAAGCUGACUGUGGUGUCCGACAAGCAGAAGAGCCAAUGGAGGCCGAACCCGUGUUGUGAAGUGCCAAGACUUCAAUUUGUGUUGCUGUCACUCUGUGGGUUAAUUGGUCCUUUGUGAGUUCGUUAAAAUAACAACAACAACAACAACAAUUUUUUUAUCUAUUAAAAAGAAAAACAAAAGAAAAAAAGAGUUGCACUGGACAAAAUGAGCCGUGUGUGUGUGUGCGUGCUCGCGUCAGUCUCCUGGCAUUCGUUCUCACCAGCAUCACCAUUUUGUCCUAACUCUUUGGGAAUUUGUGAGGGGGAUGGUGGGGGGCUUUCACAUGGGCAUCUCCGUUGUUCCUUUCUUAGAUGUCAUUCCCACCAACUCCUCUCCAGCCAUGGUCAGGCUCAUCCCCUUCUCAGGGCUGACAUAAGCCAUGUUGCUGCCCUGGGUGAAAAUUUACACAGAUACACACAGACCAUAUCUGCAUGGUAAUGGGGAAGGGUACACCCUUUCCUCCUCAAAGGUCUUGCCAGGUUCAGCUCCUUUUCCCUCGUACUUCAUACAAGCAAAUGGCAUCUUUCGCCUGCAUUCACUUGUCUGGUGUAAGAAGAGAUGAGUUGAGAUCAAGAAAGCUUGAGGGGAGUGCCUCCCAGUUGCUCCUUCACAAUUUUCAAAGCUCUAGGGCAGGAAAGAGAGAUUCCGUUUGCCCCCUUAGAGAUUUCUCAUGUGAUCUGGGAGCCCCUAGGAUUUUGCUGCCCUGGGCAGCCACCCGUACUGCCUAUUCACUGAGUUGGGCCAACCCUUCCCCAUCCUGCCGAAAUAUCAUUUCUUUCCUUUGGGGUAUUUGCACAUUGAAAUGGGAUUGAAAGUUAAACCCUACCAUCCCACAAAUGUGCUUUCAAAUAUCCUUUCCCUAAUUCCUCAACUUCUAUUCUGUGAUCUGCACUCUGCCUCCCACCAAAAUUAGAUCCAAACAUUUUGGGUUUAAUCUUACCUUUGUUGCCUAAAUCUCUCUUUCUCCUGAUCCAUCUCAGCUAUUAAACUGCUCCUCAAUAUGUAUAGAUCAGAAUUAAUCUCUAGGAGAAGCCCCUAAAUUGAGGAGAAAGGAAAAAUGUGUGCCUUUAAGUCAUUUUUGUUAAUGCCUUAAUUUCCCAGUCACUUGGUUUCUUUUUCUUUCAUCCAUCCCUUCUCCAUCUCAGCCAUUCUUAGUUAUCCAUCUGUAUAGGAGAUAAUCUUGUAUAACGAUGGAAAGGAAUCACAUGCAAUCCCCAGUGUUAAUGCACAUUGGCCUUGAUCCAGCUCUAACUUUGUAUAAACAAACUGGUAAUAUAUGUAGCCUGUUUUUUUGGGGGGGGGGGGAUUUGGGGUGCCCACACAUUGGAAUAAGUAUUCAGAGCAAUCCACUCAGCUUCGUAUUUAGUUAUGCCUCUGAAUUGCACUUCCAAUAUAUGCCUGAAUUUCCCAAUUUGGCAAAGCGAUAACCGUACAGAGUCCUACUUACAAGUAUGAAUCUCCUUAGCUGGAUCAGGCCAUGUGUCAAAACCCAUUUGUAAUGAAGAUUUUGCUUAUGUUCACUGUUCCAUGACCAAUGCUUUCUGGAAGAUCUCUCUCUUUUCCUCUAUAUUCUGUCCCCUCCUAUCACCAUUUUUAUUUUGUCAGUUUGAAAGACUCCUCAUCACUUAACUGUAAAUAAUUUGAUUUCUUGUAUCAUGUGCACAAACUUUGUUUCAAAGAAACUUUGUCCAUUCAUAAAGAAAAAGGAAAAAUGAGAGUGUUCUUCGCUGUUACUUCACCAGCCAAAAAAAGGAAAAAAAGAAGAAAAAAAAUAGAGCAAUUUUAGCUUUUAAAAGAAAUGGAUAUAAAGAAAAAGGUAUAUAAUUUUAUUACAGAUGUAUUAUUUAAUAGUAUUUUUUUAACUUGUACCACAAAACUCUCCUUUCCUUUGGAAAGUUGCUAGCAGGGAUAAUGCAACAAGGGAGAAGAUGGGGCUUGGUAUUGUUUUCAAUAAUUCAGGGCAAAUGGGAUUUGUAAGCUGGGGUGGGUUGGGGUGGGUUGUGUGGAAUGUAAGACUGUGAUGUGUUUUUAGCUGCACUUAUGGUUGCCUAGGGUCUGUUUUAGGGAUCCGUGGAUUUGCUUCAGGUUUAGUCCUCCCAAAUGUUCUACAGGGAAGGGGAUAAUAUUCUUUCCUCGUUUUUUUCAUGAAAUGAUCUUCCUUAAAUCCAUGGUGAGCGGAAGGUUAUAUCCAUACAGCAAUCUUUGUUCCCCUCCCUCUUUUCCUACAUUCUUCCCUUUGACACUAUAGUAGACAACCAGUAGCUAGAUCCAUAGAAUUGCUGUGGUGAGUAUAGGGAGUGGUUCCAGGCAGAUUCUGUGACUUCUCAGCCAUAAACUGAGUCUGAAAAAGAGGCUGGAAAUGUUAAUGAAAAUUGCUAACCUCUUAGCAUUAGUCAUUGCUUAAAAAAACACAAUACCUUAAUACUAGUCACAAAUUGGGGGCAAGGGGAGUAAAUCAUAAAAUGUAGGGAGGAAGUGCCCCAGAAUUCCCCUAAAUUUCCAUUUUAAAAUAGUGUCUUUGAAAUAACAAGUACAAAUUAUUCAUUUUGUAAGAAACCAUAAUAUGUUGCCAUUUAAUUCUCACACACUUCCAUCCCACACCCUCUAAAAAUGUUAUCUGUUGCAGGUAACAUUACUCACAAUGCUUUGCAAGUCUCAGGUGUGAAGAUAGGUUCCUUCAGGAAUGUAAAAGCCUUCUGAUCAGAGAAUAAUUUUAUCACUCAACUUGCUAAUACUCACCUGGCCCCCAUCAGGAUCCCUGUGUGGCUGCCUGGCCACAAUUAGGUGAUAUUUAGCUGCCUUGGGCUCUUUCUGAGUCAGGCUGGGAUAUAAGUAAAAAAUAAAAAUAGAUUUAUCUCAGGUGUACCUAUGCAUGUGCUUUGUUUUUUUCUGGUCAAGGUUUAGUGCAAGGGUGGGAAAAAUGUGGCCCAUAAGGUGCAUGCAGUCCCCAGGGCUGUUUUUGUGGCCCCCAAAGCCCAAUCCCCCCCCAAAAAAAACAAUUUUUACUCAAAAAUGUCCCAAAAUGACAUUUCUACUACAUUUGGAAGCCCCUUGGGUCCGCCGGCGAUUAAAAUGAAAUUUUACAAUUUCUUUUUUUUUAAAAAAAAUACACAUUGCAUCAAAAUGUCAUUUGCAGUUCCAGGAAGGCCCUAAAACAUGACGAGAAUCCCCAUGUCCCUUAGAGGUGCAGAAGUGGUUGUGGUGGGGGUUGCAGCCUCCAAGUUCUCCUAGGGGACUAAUGUAGCCCCCUAGCCUUGCACAGUUGAUUGCCCCCGCUUUAGUGGAACAGAUUUAGAGUACAUAAAGCGCAUAUGUGGCCCGUGGCCUAGAAGGCAUGGGUUUAUCCAUACAUUGGCAAGCUGCCCCUUCUGUGUGAAAACACUGGAAUGUUUUCAACUACUUUGGAGCCCUAGAUUUGGGGAGAGAAUGAAUUGCAUAAAAUAAAUGCUAACUGUUUUUCUCCAUACAACAGACUUUUGCCUGCCUGUUUCCACAUAUGACUUGUUUACUGGACCCAAGAGCAUGGCAUAUAUCCUGAGACAGACAGUGUGGCUUAGAAACAGGCCCUGCUGAACUAUUAAUGUCUAUUAAAUUACAGCCACCCAGAUGCACAUGUAGCAUUAGUUCCCUUCCGACUCAAAUCCUUGGCAGAGCUGCCUUAUCUUUCUUGCUUUGCGUUGCAAACUCCUCUCCCCUCUCCAAGGGCUGUGGUGCUGCAAAGGUGAAAGGCAGGAACAGGCUUCUUGGCAAGAGCCAAGAAGCAGAGAGAGGAUCUUCUGUUCCCAAAAUGAAAGGGUUGGAGCAGGAGGAGAAUCCUUGUGCAAACUGUUGGUAUAAGAACAAUUUAUACACCUACAGAAAUCUUCUGGGAUUCUACUGCUGUGCUUGCGAUGUUUGUUUUUCUCAGGAGUGGCACAAAAUGACAAAUCUUUGUCACAGGUCAAUAGCUGUGGACUACUAAAGAAAUCCCAUGCUGAAAUACUGAGGUGUGUUUAAGGAUUGAUCGAUGUGGCUAGGCAGUCGGGUUUUCAUGUUUGUUUGUUUUUGUAACAUCAUUUCUUUAUUUUCAUACCUGUUUUAUUUUUCAGCCCCAUUUACAUGAGGGCAAAUAUUACAAGAAUAGUGAGGAGGAGAAGAGCAAGUCACAAAGGGACAGAAGCAAAAUGUGUAUGUGCUAGUAAGGGUUAGCCGAUGUGUUGAACUACAAUUCCCAUUGUAUCCAGCCCAAAUGACCAGGGCUUAUGCUGGCCGGGGAAUACUGAGAGUUAUAGUCCAAAAUAUCUGGAUGACCCCAAAUUAGAGAAGGCAAGUCCCACAGUUACUGGGCAGUCAACUCCUUAUCUGCAUUUGAAGCACCAAAACCCUUAUUAUAAAGGAUAGAAUAACAAGUUUUGCAAUACUAAGACUUGGGUGGGACAUUUGCAUUGCUGUCCUCUACCACUGCCUUUUCCUUCCUCUUCCCUGUAAGCAAGCUGCAGCCUUCUGUUUAGUCCUCUAAACACAUGCACCCACACAAUUAUAUUGCCAAAUUCCUGACUGCUGUGCUUGGAAGAUGUGCUAACAUGGAUUGCAGGUAACUGCACUUUUUUUAGGUUGCCAGUCUUUUAAAUUGCUGGCUGUGUUAAGCACCUGCUUAGGCUUCUAGGUCUUUUUCAUCAUGGUGCCCUCAAUCACUCCAGCCCAGGGCAUUUGAGUGGAGUGCUAGAGGUGGAGCCCAAAUGGACUCUUCUGCACUUCUUUACCCAGCUAGAAGCCAACAGUCUUGCUGUACCUUGCAGUCAUCAAUUCUGCCUUCAUCUGUCUUCCCUCCCCACCCCAUCCAGCUUGCACCAGCUGGGUCACAGAAUCAAUUCCCAAGGGCAGGCUCAUUCAGGAACUUCCCACAUUGCCAGUAGACCCCUUUAGAGUGUGUGCAGAUGUACCUUUAAGCAGGAGUCCUCACAGUCUUCUCCCUCGGAGCAAGUCUGCUAUCCUCCUGUGCCUUCCAAGCACCUUUGACAGAUGUACUUCUCUGUGAUUCUAGCACUGUGCUCAGUCAACUGUGCUGUUCCUACCUAUGAUCUUCAGCUGAGCCUUUUUUUAAAGGUAGCAUGAAUGCUUACACAUUUCAAUAUUAGUUGCUUUUUUGUGCUUCUGGAUGGGAAACCCAUUUGGAAAGAAUUAAAAACAACAACAGUGGUAGAGUUCAAAGAUAUAGCUGUGUUAGUCUGUAGAAUCAGUAUGUAGAGAGAUCUUGUAGCACCUUUGAGACUAACUGAAAGAAAGAAGUUGGCAGCAUGAGCUUUUGUAAACUUCAGUCUACUUCCUCAGAUGUUUUUGGUGGAGUGGAAGCCAGGGACAGACAUAUAUAUGCCAUAGGUAUGUAAGAAUGUCAAUUCAAAUUCAGAAUCCUUUGGGUAUAGAGAUGAAGUAGCAAGCAGGUCAAUGGUCAUUUGUGGACAAAGAAAUAUCCAUUGGAUAUGGAAAUGAGAUGGCAAGACCAGUUUGGCCUUGGAAACUAGCUUACAGGUGGGGAGAACAGAUGAGUGUAGGAUGCCCCCAUGAGGAUGCGGUCAGAUAGUGUUGAAAUGUGUUAUAGUGAGCCAGGCUGACUAGUAGGAACAGCUCAGGUGAACUAAGAAAUGGCACAAGUAACACUAUGAGCAAGUUUUAUACGCUUUUCUAUGAACGCAGAGUAAUAGAGAAGAGGUGGGAGUGUGUGGAAGCCCACCAAACGUUCUUGGUCUCUAGUCAGCAUGGCCAGUGAUCUCAAGUGAAGGCACUUGUAAUCCCAGCAUCACAUGGAGGGCUUGCAUCCAUUACAGAGAGUCUGCCCUUACACAAGGAGACAUGUAAUCCCUCACCCCACACCUUUUCACAUGGAGAAUGUCCACUUGUUGAAAGCUCUGUACAAGCCUCAUGAUCUGCAGGAGGCUACCUGCUUGCUUCUGCCUUUCUGGCUAUACCAUUGCUGUAAAACUCUUGGCACCACGGAUAUUUUGACCUACAGCCUGGCUAGUGGUAAGGAAACACAAGGAUGGUAAAUAGAUGGAGGGCCAGAGGUUCACCAGCUCUAGGCUAUUCAGCAGCUAGCACACCAAUGGUUCCCCCAUGGGCAUGUGAACUUGGUGACUUAUGGAACUCCAUAUACAUUACCAGGGUUUCUGGAUACAGUCUUCCCACUCUACCUCCCUUCUUCACUCCAGGACUUUUGAGUGUCCAAGUUAUACCCAGUUCUGUAUCAACACAGUUUUCAUUGGUUGGUUCACACUAACAACUCCACAGUGCAAAAAGAAAUAAAUAAAGACCUAUUUUCUUCCCUUUCUAAUUUUUCCAUUCACAUAAAUUUGCAAUAAGGUUAUAAAAUAAUUUUUAAAAACCUUACACAGUGCAAAAAGCAGCCCAAGAAAACUUGAUGCCAGUCACUGUGACUUUGCAGUCAGGAGAGAAUGGGCCCCGCUUUUAGCAUUUCUUACAUCUCACUUUCCAUUUUAUCUCUUUUUUUAAAACGACAUUGCAGCGGUGGGGGAAGAAUAGGUAGGUAGGCAAGAAAAGGAUCCACCAGCCAUUGUUUCUUAAUUUGGAUUUUGUUCUAUGGGGAGGGAAAUUUCUGCGCAGGCCGAAAGUAGCAACUAUUUUGAAAAGCCAUUAGUCCUUAUGGAGCAAGUGUGUGUGUGUGUGUGUGUGUGUGUGAGAGAGAGAGAGAGAGAUGUGCGUGUGUCAGUUCCCUUUCUGUCGAUAUCCUUUCAGUAGGGACACCACACCAGUAUUAAGCUGUUGAGGGGGCUGUUCUUGUGGAGGGGAAUUGGGACUUAUUUUUCCAUUUCUUUCUUAAUCAGCCCCUUUCACAUUACAUUGACGAUGCCCCCCGUAAGUGGGGAAUAUCUGUAGCCCCCCCCCCCUUUCUGCUUUUUUCUCCUGCUUUCUGUCUCUCUUUCUCUGUUUAUCUUGCUCUGGAUACAAUUUUCAGUUGAGUAUUUUGUAAUAUGUUCCAAUGUUUGUCCUUGUGUAAAUAAAAUUGUUUCUGGCAAUA